AUGACAGGUCUCGUAAAAGCCUUUGUUGCAACUCUUCUUUUAUGUCUUGCUACCGAAGGGUUAUGUGCUUGCUCGUUGAACAACAUCAACAUUGGGACAGUCCGAAGUGGGAGACAAAUAAGUGGGAAGCCAGAAUGGAAUGUGACAGUGGUAAACAACUGCCAGUGUGCCCAAAGCCAAAUAAAGUUAUCUUGCAUGGGGUUUCAGACGGUGGAAAAUAUUGAUCCAUCAAUCUUGGUAAAACAAGGUGAUGCUUGUCUUCUUAUCAAUGGCAAUUCCUUGGAGAAAUCAGCUUCUGUCAAAUUCUCCUAUGCUUGGGAUCCUCCUUUUCUGUUGUUGCCACUAGGGUCUGUUAGCCAUGGCUGUUGA